AUGAUGUUUUCUGUGGAGAAAUGUACAGGGCGCAAUGGAACGGGUGCUUCAGAGGAAUCUGAAUUGUACGCCGGUGGUGGAGAAGCUAUGGGGAAGGAGGGUGUGCCUUCUGACGAAGUCGCGUCAGCUGUGGCGGCGGUGUCUGACGAGAUAGGUGACAUCUUGAAAGACGAAUUGGGCGAUGCGGACAGGGCAGACCGAAUCGGAGCCGAACUAGCGGAUCUGAGCGCUGAACUCGGUUUCCUGGCUGGUCUGGCUGACGGAGAAUCUCAACCAGACUUCGCUUCACGUUUCGAAGUGCCAUUCGAAUGGAUAGCCAUGGGCCACCGGGGCUCCGGCAGCGGCUCGUCAUCGUCGUCGUGGUCGGGCGCCCGCGGCGGACGUCCGCGCCGUCCUGCGCGCCCGCAUCGCGCCACGCGACGACGUCCCAUCACGAAGGGAAAAGAGAUGAUAGUCCGUCGCACCGUAGCUGCACGUCGAGCGGGUGUAGGCGCGGCGAGGCGCACGCGCCCGCUCUCCGACGCCUCCGACGUGGGCGCAGACUCUGACUCCGACGACCAGUGGACCGAGCUCGAUGACGCAUCCGGCUCGUCGGACAGCUCGUCGCUGAAGGAAGCUGCCGCCGCUGUUGACCUUGACUGCAAUUACCAUCAUAAGGGGGGUGUAGAAGCCCCCGCGAUGGGUCAGUUUCUACUGCCACUGCUGCACGCGGAUGCGCCUAGCGACCACUUUCUCAUCCGCCAUGAUGACAUUCUCCAGUUACUGGCGUCUGCGGAAGAGAGCGUGCGCGAGGAAAUACCACUCGACGACGACGCCCUUGACACACCGGUGGACGGAGCGGAGGGCAGCGAGUUUCCUUGCGACGACGACCCUCCGGUCACUCCUGAAGAGGAGGCGGCUCUAUUGCACUAUGUCUGCCAAGCAGAACGUACGGCAUGUACGGAGGAGGUCCUGGAAUCUGACCAGCUGGAACCGGUGGAAGAAUGGCUGUUAGGGGUAUAUCACUCGUGGUGUGAGAUUUCUGCGCUCAUGUACACGCUUAUUGGAACCAACAUCGGCGGUCAGGGGUCGUGGUCGUACCGCGCCCGCUUCGGCUGCCACUGCCGCCUGUGCCUGUCGCUGUGCGCCAACGCGCAGCCGCUGCACCGCGCGCUCAAGCGGCUUGUCGCCAACCUCGCGCACGGAUCAGACACAAGUAACGCAGCGGUGGCCAUUGUGCGUGCAUUGCGACUGCACACGGACACGCCUCUCGACUCUAAUAACUGGGAUCUUAACAGAUUGCAGAGGAUACAAAUGUCUGACGAAGGUCUAUCGGUAGUACACACGCAGCUACAGCACUUAGCAGCUGGCAGCGAGACGGCUCAGCAGCUGGUCCAGUCCGUCUGUCAGUGCCGGGAAUUCAAUAGGCCUAUGGAGAAACAAUACGCAAUGGAAAGGCUGUGUAAGAUCUUGGAGAACUUCAAGACUGCUUCUACUAUCUCUUUUAAGGUGGACAUGAUCCCGGCGGGCGGCGAGGACGGUCCGGGGGGGUCGGGGCUGUCGGGCUGGAAGGCCCGCGUGGCGCGCUGCCUGGCGCCGCACCAGCGGGCCUCCACGGCCGCGCGCCUCAGCGACAUGCGCGCGCGCACGUCGCCCGUGGACCUGGGCGCCUGGGCCGGCUACACGCACCGCUGCGACUGCCUCACGCCGCGCACGCUCUCCGCGCACCAGCGGAAGCAGCUGUUGCGAAUUUCCUUCUUCGGAAUGAUGCAAGCGGUGAACGAACUGAACAAGACAUCGGAAAAGACAGAGACCAGUCAGGAGCCCAUCGAAGAAGUCCACGGCACUCGGGAGAUCCAGGAGCCUCAAGAGGCGCAGGAGACCGAUGACAAACUCGCUUUGCCUGACGCUGAUCCACCCGACCUGGAUGACAUUACAGACUCUGAUGCGAACUCCGGCACGGCAUCUUUAGGUCUAUCAACGUCUUCAUCUUUAGACUCGGCAUCUGAACUUCUCCUGGCUGCAGCAGCCGCUGUAGAGUCAGGAGGAUCUGAAGGAGAAGCAGCCCCCGGUGAACUCUGCAGAACGGUCCGACACCUAAUGAGGUCUAUAGCGUCCAUUGAGAGGCUUAUGGAUCGGGUAUUGAAACACUGCGACGAGUGGCCAGCUCCAACUAAUAGGAAUGAUCACGAGGCGAGAAAACGCGUGGAUAUGGGUUUGUCGGAAGUAGACCGAAAGUUGAUGGCGAUGUACAGACGGCUCCCGGAAGUCCAUCGCAGACAGCUGCAGGUGUACCGGAAGCAGAAGAAAUUGUCUACGGUGUGCAUGCAGCUGGUGGGCGGGCGCGCGCCGGCGCCGCCGCCUCCCGGCUCGCCGCCCGCUGCGCCGCACCAGCCACUGCGGGCGCUCUGCCCCGAGUACCACCUGCAGCGGUUCCGGGAGGUCCGCCGCAAGGUGAUGCAUAUGAGAGACCAGCAACUCUACUACCAUAGGCUACGGAUGUGGCUCGAAGAUCAGCUACGCCAGGAACGGGAAAGCUUACCUGAAAGCAACGUUACUCUAGUAGAAGACUUACCGCGUCGCAAAAGACGUACAGCCAGUCCCAAAGUGCCACGAUUAACCUCAGCCUCUAAACGAAAACUCAAACCCGUAUCACCAUCUAUCUCUAAACCUCACAAAAUCUUGCAAAUGCUUAAAAGCAAAGCGCCACAGAAUAGCGAAAUAAAAGACGACGAGAAAUCCGAAGUGGAACCACCUGAAGCGUUCCCUCUUGAGAAAGAGGACAAUAUAUCCGACACAGAAACGAUUGUGGGUGAGAAAGAUGACCUAUGUAAAGAAAUGAAAGAAUGUCUGGCUAAAUUUGCUAAUUUUGCAGUAAAUAGUCCCGACGAUGAUAACCUAGAAGAAGAAUAUAAUACACAGGCUGAUGAUAAGUUCGAAUCCGUAAGUCCUCCGUUGCAAGAGAUGUCGCCUACUACUUCGGAACCUAUGCCACUGUACAAUAGAACUAAAUUAGUACCCGUUAAUAAAGUUUUUAACCGCGAUGACACUAAUGGACACAAUGAAAAUAAUGAUACUAAAGAAAACGAUGACAUUGAAAAUAGUGAAGCUCAAAUUAAUGAUAUAGUUGAUGAUGGCAAAGAUCCUAAUAUUUACAAAUAUGUUUCGUUCGGUAUUGAAAUUAAGAGAGCUAUGGAGGAAUGUCAGAAUAUAAUCAAUUCUUAUAAUAGUAUUAAGGACACUAAGGAAGGGAAGGAACAAGAUGAAGGCCCGUUGACUAUAGAACAGAUAUGCGAAGUCAUGAUGAGUUUGGAUAAAAAUUCUGCCGAGUUUUUAGACAAAAUUGACUCGGAUGAUCCCAUCGACGUAGCUGCUAAUGGUAAACUUGCUGAAUUAAUAGAAAAUAUGCCACAAAUCUUAGCUAAUAUGCCCGAGAUUGCCUCAAAACUAUCCGAAUUUGCCAACGCGUCGUUCGAGCUACCUGAAUUUGCGUCUAUUAUGAACAGUCUACCUGACGUUAAUAACGAAGCUCAGUUAACACCGGAAACGCUUAAACAAAUUCGUGAAUUAAAAUUAAAUAAGUCUAGAGAUAAUAUCAAAGUGACUAAGAACACUGCCAAACGUAAAAGUAAUCGUAGAAUUAAGAACAACAUAGAUUCAAAUGAUAUCAUAGGCACAAUGACUUUUGAGCUCGACAGUAAAGAUUUAACCGAACUCUUGAAAGAUGAAAAGGAGAUACAGGCCAUGAUGAAGAAUAAAUCUAAUAACAAAGAAGAAUUCAAAGAUCUUCUCUUCUCUAUAUCUGCUCAAGUUGUUAUCAACAAAGUGUUUGAAUAUUUAAAACAGAAUAAAAGCCCUGAAUUAGCUAAAUGUUUGGAAGAAGAUAAAGAACUGUUCUCUCUACCGAAGAGCCGUAUAAAUUCAGAAAUGUAUUCAAAGGCGUCUACUUUAUUUGAUAAUUCUGUUAAAGAUGCCUUAAGUAUGGACGAAUUACGAGACCUUGUGAAGUCUAGGUUUAAUUCGUGGAAACACUAUGUCGUUACAAAAUUUAAGAGCAUACCAAUGGAAUUACUCGAGAAUGAAAUUGAAGCGAUGCUGGAUAAGUUCUAUAGUUACAUACAAGAUUUAGCGGGUAAACAAUGUGUGAAUGACAGUGACAAAAUUAUUGAAAAGAUCGACGACCUACGCAAAAAUCAAGUCGAUAAUGAUUCAGAUACCGAAAGUUGUCCCGCUUCAAAAGAAUCUUUAAAACAAAUAACCAAACUGCUUAGCACCUCCGCAGGGAACACGUUCGAUUUGCUCAUUAUGAAAUUAUCAAACAUGUCACAAGAUAAAAAGUCUACAGUUAAAAGUCUAAAGUUUAAAUACAUGGAUGUGAUAAAACGUUGUGCAGAUUCCCAACAGUUAGCCGGCUGGAUAUUAUUAGACCCUGAAAUUGCCGUCAAUGUUAUACAAGAACUGACAGGUUUACCAAUUAGAAAAACGGAAAGCGUUCCUGAUUUUAAUUCAAUGCCGAAUGACAAGAAAAAGGAUUACUUCAUAGAUCGGUUACGAGAAAGUAAUAGGAGUUAUAUGGAGACGUUGCCGAAAAAAGGUUUGACAGGUGAUGAAUGGCUGGUAAUGUUAUAUAGGUUAGAACAACUUGAGGAUAGACUCAAAGACGCCUUUUCUAAAGUUACUGUAACGCCUCCUAAACCUGUGCAAAACCAAAUGCAGAUUGCUAGCGAAGCCGAAAUUCUAGCAGCCAAAGGUCUUAGCAAAAUCAUUGGAAAAGCUAAUGCUAGAGUAGCCAAAAAGGAUGCCCCAAAACCGAAGUUAGAAGAAAAGAUUAUCGACUCACGUAAAGUAGAUAAUGACGAUAAGAAACUGAAAAACGAAGCUUUACUAUCCAAAUGUGAAGCGAUAUUGACGUCCAAAGGAGAAAAAUCAUUACUCGAUAGCUUCUAUACCAUCAAAUCUUAUAUCACUCAAGGGCUGCCUGUACCGGACACUUAUAAAAAACACGUGAUAUCCAUUUGUUCAAGUAUAGAUGCUAAAUUGCUUAACGAUGAGAUGGAAGAGUGCUGUAAAGAGGAAAAACAAGAUGAUGACAAGGCACCGCUGUCAGUGAUUGGGUCACAAAAUCCCGAACUUUUGGCCAAAUAUUCGGCCCAAGCUUUGAGGAAUGCAAAGCAAACCUUAAAUGCUGUGGCGUUUAAAAACAUGAUGAAAAAUGGACAAUCCAAGUCCGAAUCAGAUACUUGCGAUACACCAAAAAGCGACUGCAAAUGGACAAAUGAUUGCAUUUGCAAUUCAUGCAAAGACAGUGACAAUUCUGUCUGCCUCGGUGAUAUUGUUAAAUGUUAUGAUGAGAAAGGCAAGAACGGAUUGGAAGAGAAGAAGAAAGAAGUGAAGAAACAAACUGUGCAGAAACCUGUGAAGCCACAGGUCAAGUGCGAGAACAGUACUCAUCAACAACAUGUUUGCAAAGGCGGCCAUGGCAGCAACGGCGGCAACGCGUGCGCAGGCGACGCGGGCGCCGACCAGCCAUGCACCUGCUGCUAUUGCACUGUCUUCGGACACGCCCCGCCAUUAACUACGCCCGUGCCGAGAAACUUUAACGAGACCCGAGAAAGACUGCGCUCCAUUCUCAAUAAGAAGAAACAGAAGUGUAAAACAGCCAAUGGCGACCAAGAACCGAAGUCGCCAGCGCCCCCUGCCCAGCAACCGGUUGAAGCCAGCCAGCAACCGCCGAAACCGAAGCAGCCGUCGCCGCAGCAGCCGAUCGCACAGCCACAGCCCCCGGCGCUGCCGAAAACCCUACCACCGGCGCUGAGCACUGCUCAGGCGCAGGCGAUACAGCAGAAACGCGCCGCGGCAUUGUUGCAGCAGCAGCAACUGGCCGAAAAGAUGGCCAAGAUGGUUGUCACCGAGAAACCAGAUAACAAACCUAAGGUCUUACAACGCACUGUGCCUGUCCAAGUCAAUGUUCCGCCCGUCCUAAAAACAGAAGGUAAAGUGAAUCCAAACGCAAUGGAACAAAUUCGGCUGCAACAACUGAAACAACAGCAGUUACAGCAGCAACAAAUUCAGCAACAACAGCAGAUACAGCAACAACAACAAAUACAACAGCAACAGAAAAAACCAGAGCCGAUAUACGACUUGCCGAUACACAACAAACCGACUUUGACGCCGCAACAACAGCAGCAGAUACGACAACAACAAUUGCAAAGGCAGAGUCGACCACAGCAGAGAGCUAUCUCGCUAUCUAGUAGAGAUACUAGCGUCUUCUCUACAUCUUCUGGCUGUGAUGGCACCGAAGACCCCCGCGACCUGGACGCGCUGCUGCAGUACAUCGAGGGCCCAGCCAGGCACAUCGACCGCGGCAAGAAGCGUGCCAAGAAGCAGCGCCAAAAGGCCAAACGGAUGGAGGCGCGGCUGGCCGACGAGCGGUCGGCCGUGGCCGAGGCGCUGGGCAUCGCGCGCGCCACGCUGGAGGCGCGGCGGCAGGCGCACCUGGCCGCGCGCAGGCGCCUCGACGACCUGCGCAAGGCGCUGCACCACCUCAACAAGACCAAGAAGAAAGGCAAAAAAUCUAAAUUAAAUCCCGCGCAACAAGGCAAAGUGCAACAAUUAUCGGAACAGCUUGCGGAAUUAACGACGCUCAUCACUACACAGGGCAAGGAGGUCCACGAGUACGAACGCCAAGUGAACGAGUAUUCUGACAGACUGCUACUAGUCGACCAGGAAUUGACUGAAGCCAGGGCGGUGCUGGGAAAGCCUGUGGAACCCUCGCCGAUGGAACAAGCGAUGCUUCGCAAGCAGCAGCAGCAUCUGCAGCAGCUGCAGCAGCGGCAGAUGGAGCACGAACGGCAGAUGGAGCACGAGCGGCAGCUGGAGCAACAGCGGCAGGCGGUGCUGGAGCAGCAGCGGCUGAUGAUGCAGCGGAUGGAGAAGCCGGCGGGAGGGGGACUUGUGCGCGUGCGCCGCCUGCCAGGCGACGGCGCCGUCACGCUCUCGCUGAAGGGGCACGACGCAGACACGCCCUUGGCUCAGCUGCUGCAUAACAACCGGCAUCUCACCGUUUUAAAUGUAUGCGAAGAACCUUCGACGCCUCCGAAGCCCAAAGACGAGAAGAAACAAACCUGGGAGCAGGCGCUAGCACACAUCAACCAGAUCGCCAAAGGCACUGGAAAGGAAAAGAAGAAACAAAAGGAAGUUCAUGUAAAGUUGGAGAAGCCGAAGGAGCAGCAGCGGUCACAAUCUUUGCCUGACACCACGCAAACCCUGUCCAAGAAGCAACGGAAGCUGCUUGCUAAGCAACAGGCUGAAGAAGAGGAAAGAAGGCGCCAAGAAUCCGAGGCCAAAGCUAAAAAAGCCGAAUCAAAAAAGGCCGAAACGAAAGAGGUUAAGAAGCAAGAUAAGAGGGCCGAAAAGAAGGCUGAACCUGUUAAGACGAAGAAAAAAGAUGAGAAGAAGGAAGCGAAGAAAGAAAAGGCUCCAGAGAAGAAGGGAAAAGAUAAUAAGCAGGAGAAGAACGCACUCCAGCCAGUUAAAUCGAACAAGCCGUUGCCUGCACAGCCCGCCAAGAAGGAGAAGAAGAAAGAAAACAAAACCCCGGCAGCUGUGCUGGAUGGCAUACAACUCGUGCACAAAAUGGUAUCAAGUAACGACCCGUCGGAGAAGCUAGCCUCUUGCAGCAUUAUGGAGCAACUUAGCUGCGGUGUGCAGGUGGCCGAUUUGAAACUUCCGCCUGGCAUAACGCUGACCCGAGUGCAGCCUAGCGAGAAGAAGGAGCCUCCAUCUAUAAAAUCCGUGCCGCUGUGGAAGUGCAACCAGCUGCCGGCGGCGCCUACGCCGGUUGCGCGGCCGCAGCCCGUCAUCAACGCGGACCCCUCUUUGAUGAUGUUCAGCACCGCGCAGCCAGAGCCACCGAAAACAAUAAUAAUACCCGAGCCAGCCCCAGUUCCGAAGUCGAAAAAAGCCAAAAAGAAAGCCAAGAAGGCAGCUGCUGAAGUGUCAGAAAACAAAACGGAUGGCACUAAAAUGGUCACACUGCGGAACCCAAUGUUUCAUCCCAACCUGCCUCCAGUGCAAAUCUCGAACCCGGUUAAGAAGACCGAACAAAUCAGGAUACCUGAUCCCAUACCAAUGCCACCAAAUGCUUGUCAAGCGACCAUCACUCCGACGUCAAACGGAAUGUACACUAUACGUAAUCCGUUAAUGUCAAUGAUGCAUCAGCAGAGUUUAAUGGUCAUGAAGACUCAGGCUCCACCGAUUAAUCCUCUAUACGGACAGCCACAGUACACUUAUGUGAAUCCUAACGUAUAUCCAGUGCCAACUCCUGCUCCACAAACAUACGUCAUUGAUCCGUCUAGAAAUUCACCAAAGAACGAUGAAUAUCAAAGCAGAAUAAUGAAUCUGGCUUCGUUUACACAGAAAAACGAUGAAGGAUACUCUUUGUUCAAGACAACAGAGGACAGUCAGCAGAGAAACUUUUUGACACCGGAAUACUUUGAGAAUCAACCUAAGAGCACUGUUUCACCGAACCCCAUAGGUACUAGACCGAACAAUGAGCCCAACCGUCCUUUUGAUUCAAGCGACUCCUCAUUGUUUGCAAAUCCGGUGCAAAGACCUGAGCCUAUUGGUACACCAUUGAAACGCGAUGAGGAACGGGGUGAUUUUUCAAGUUUGUACACACCGUUUGGACAGGAAGACAGAAAUGUGUUCCGUAAUGCUUUGUUCAAUGAUAAAAAUGAAUCGGUGAAAAUAGAUGAUGUUACUUUGACAUUGUCCAACGGUGAUCCUUUGCCUUACUUUCAACGGUUGAGAGUCGGUUCCAAGUUGAACAACGAGGUGACAAUACAUCACGUGACCGAGUCGAAGUUUUAUAAGGGACAGGAACCACCGUUCGCGACCCCCGCCGUGGAAGAGUCGCUGUUUUCGUGCCCCUUGGGCAGCGCUCCCCCUGCGGGGGCCCCCGGCGGUGGCUGGCCGGAGGGUCUCUACGGACCCAAUCCUGCUGUUGUCAACAACAACAAUACCACCGCCACUACUACCACCACCACCACCACCGCUACAACUCAACCCACCACUAUGUCGUCGACCAGUUCUGCUGUCUCAGCCGGCUCGGUGGGUUCGGGUGGCUCAGUCGGCUCGGGUGGUUCAGGUGGCACUGCCAACUCAGCCGGGGAGUCUCCCCGCUGCAGCUCCCGAGGGUCGCUGCAAGGUCUGCAGAACGACGACGAUGGCGGUUACGGCGCUGUGGGCACUCGGGCGGCUGCCAACCGUCCAGAAUCAAGCGUUUUCCUGCCUGACCGCAACAUAACCAACUUAUCAACACUGGAAGCGUCCGAGAGAGACAUUGAAUCCUUCAAACGCUUCGAAUUCUACUUUGAGCCACCGCAGCAUAAGCCGCGUGUGCAACUCCACGUCAGCGACAUCGCUGCCGCCCUUCGGCAUAACCAAAAGUAGAUAUACUUUUGCUCUACAAAUACAAUGGACUCAAAACUUGAAUAAUUUAUUGUAAACACUAAUUAUUGAAGACUUAGUCUCUACAAAAACGUUAAAUUAUAAUCGCCCUUGUUUGUUGACUUGGCCUUCAGACCAAAUAUGUGCGCACGAUGCGUUCUGUAAGAUCGUUUAUGCACUACGUCCAAUUCGUAUCAGACCCUGUCAAGUAAGUUAAGCUAUUUGACUAAAUUCAAAGAUGCAUGAUGCGAAUGAAGCUUAAUACUUUACAUUGUCGUUCAAUUAUCCAGUAUUACUUAUUUGACAGUAAUUGUUUCGAAUGGAUGUUGGACGGAAAACGACAGUAACCCCGCAGUUCCGAAUCCGAGAAAUGACGGUCGGAAAUGUCACUGGACUGGACUGGAAUUAGUACACAAGCGACAUCAGAAUUGAAGUCUCGGAUUCAAAACGAAUACGAAUAGGAUGCAGUGCUCAAACGCGCUUACGGUCUUUUGUUACUUCGACACUUGUAUCUCAAUAUACAUUGACUAAUUAAGAGCAGGCAGGCCAUUGGUCGGUUGUAAAUUGUUAACACUAAAUAGACA